AUCUAAAAUCAUUGUAUGAUUCUUUUUUUAGUAGCAAUCAAUACAAUAGAUAGUUUGGAUUAUUGUUAUUUUCCUAUUACGAGAUGUAGCAUUAACUUGCGAAUGAAGGCCAACCAUGAUGCCAGAAUUGCUCUUAGAGCUCACUUGGGAGAUGAUUCUAAUGUAUACGAAAUUAUUCUUGGCAGAUGGGGAAAUACCAUGUCCGCUAUAAAGAGAAAUAAUGUAGAGCCAAAUGUAGCAGAAGCAGAAACUGUAGAUUUAUGUGGAGAUUAUUGUAAUAUUUGGAUAAAAUGGUCCUGUGAUGGAAUGUUAAGUUUUUUUUAUUCAUUACAGAACAUACAAUCAAUUCUCGACGAGAAUUAUAAGUACUUUAGGCUGGCGAGAUGUAAUAACAUGAAAUGUACAGCAAAGAGGAUGAAGAAUGUGAGACUAAUGACAUAUAGAGAUAAAAAUCCAUUUGUUAUCAAUUAUAUAGGAUUUAGUACAGCUUGGGGUGCGACAGAAGAAUGGGUUAUAAUUAAUGAAAGUAAAUUUACGGCACUUGCCAUAAGACAACAGCUCGCUGAUACAAGUCAUUUAUGGGUUGACUAUAACAACACAAUGAGUUUUCCGCAAAAUGCAGCCAUUGCUUCAGAAGAUGGAUUAUAUGUUGGCCGUGCACAUCACAAAGAUUCUGUAACACCUGGUGGUAUAAGGGAUAAUAUCUGUACUUUGGCAUGGGGAAGAGCAACACACGAAAAGAAAGAGUAUCAAGUGUUAUGCGUUAGAGACAUUGACUGGAUAAAAUCAUGGGAUGGUAGUGUUCCUUUAUAUGCUCUUCCUGUUGGUCAAACAGAAGAUGAUCAUGCUCUUUUUAUUGGUAGAGUAUUAUAUAACGGAUUGUAUUAUGUAGGAAAAAUACAUCCAAGUAAUCAAAUAUGUCAUAUACCAGUUAACGGACAAGAAGUAGCUUAUUCAGAAUAUGAAACUUUAGUACUACAUAAUUACAAUUCCAUAGAACAUAUAGGAAGAUAAGUAUUUUUAAAAGCUAAAAGAUAUUCGUGUUUACAUCGAUUGUAUUAUAUAUUUUUUGUAUUCUAUACCUCAAUACUACAAAAUUUUUGUAAAAAAAAUAGAAAUUAGAACUAUAACUUAUAAUUACAUAAUCUAGAUAUUGACAUACUUCUCAAUAUCUUAUUAUUUUAAGUUGCAAAUGAUUUUUAUUGUAUGUAGUAAAUUGCUAUCGGAAUGAUAAAUGCGAAUAAUAUACUCUCUGAUUGUGAUAUUAUGCGAAUUGUUUGUAUCUCAAAUGGUGCAAACAAGUAAUUUGUUUGCAUUAGUAAUGAUAAUAUGCUAAUUAUUUUUAGGGUUAUAUAUACAUUAUAUAUGUGUGUGUGUGUUUAUUAGUUAGUGAGUAAAAAAGAGAAUGUCUACGAUAAGCAAAAUGUUACAAAAAGAGAAAUAAAAUUAUAUUCUUUGAUCGUUAUAAUAUCAUACCGCCUAUUGUAUCUAUUUCAAUCUGUUUAAAAUUAAAAUAAAUAUUGCACAACUCUUAAAAUAUUAAAAUGGAAUCAAGUUAGUCACUAAUCAAAAAUUUAGUUCUCCGAGUUAUCGUUAAGCGGAGCUGACGUCGCGUAACGAUCAAAUUACGAACCCCUUAUCAAUCUAUAAAUUGCGUAUAUCGUGGCGAACCACAGUUGCCAUCUUCACGAUCGAGGAUAAUUGUUUCUCAAUCUGUUAUUUCGCGAACGCGCUUAUGUCCGAAGUAAUUUUGAUGUAGGGCUUUAGAAAAAA